UUUGCAGAAAAAAAGCUUCAACUCAAGUGAAAGAACAGUGCAAAGAGCGCGGUACUGAAAUGCAUUGCAUGGUUGGGGAGGCGCCUUGCCCUUGGCCGCGGUCAACAUGCCAUAUUGGGCAGGCUAGCAGUCACAUAGUUUUUGGUGUCGGUCCUCGGGGUUUGGUGACGCGACGGUCUGAGUGAUGUGUGCGAUGAUGGGCAUGAAAAAAAAAAUAUAAAAAUCCCUAGUCUUAAUCCAACCGCUGUUUUCAUUUCUCUUCAGAAACAUUUUUCUUACUUAAAUAUGUCUACUGUCACCAAGGUUCACGCUCGCCAGAUCUUCGAUUCUCGUGGUAACCCCACCGUCGAAGUUGAGGUCACCACCUCCAAGGGUGUCUUCCGCGCCGAUGUCCCCUCCGGUGCUUCUACUGGUAUCCACGAGGCUCUUGAACUCCGUGACGGUGUUAAGGGAGACUAUCUUGGCAAGGGUGUUCUCAAGGCUGUUGAGAACGUCAACAAGGCCAUUGCCCCCGCUCUUAUUGAGUCCAAGAUCGCCGUCACCGACCAAAAGGCUAUUGAUGAGUUCCUUCUCAAGCUUGACGGUACUGAGAACAAGAACAAGCUUGGUGCUAACGCCAUUCUUGGUGUCUCUCUUGCUGUUGCUAAGGCUGGUGCUGGUGACAAGGGCAUUCCUCUCUAUGCUCACAUCGCCGAUCUUUCUAACUCCAAGCGUCCUUUCGUUCUCCCCGUUCCCGCUUUCAACGUUAUCAACGGUGGUUCCCAUGCUGGUAACAAGCUCGCUUUCCAAGAAUUCAUGAUCCUUCCCACUGGAGCCUCCUCCUUCACUGAGGCCAUGAAGAUUGGUUCCGAGACCUACCACGCCUUGAAGAGCGUCAUCAAGAAGAAGUACGGUUUGGAUGCUACCAACGUUGGUGAUGAGGGUGGUUUCGCUCCUAACAUCCAAGAAGCCAAGGAAGGUCUUGAUCUUCUCAUCGCUAUGGAUGUCGCUGCCUCCGAAUUCUACAAGGAUGGCAAGUACGAUUUGGACUUCAAGAACCCCAACUCUGACCCCGCUGCCUACCUCACCGGUGAACAACUCGCCGAUGUCUACAAGUCCUUUGCCGACAAGUACCCUAUCGUUUCCAUUGAGGAUGCUUUCGACCAAGAUGACUGGGACAACUGGACCCACCUCCGCACUACCUCUGAGUUCCAGCUUGUUGGUGAUGACUUGACUGUCACUAACCCCAAGCGUAUUGCUACUCCGAUAUCGUCGUUGGUCUCAGAACUGGUCAAAUCAAGACUGGUGCUCCUUGCCGCUCUGAACGUCUUGCCAAGUACAACCAACUUCUUAGAAUUGAAGAGGAGUUGGGUGACUCUGCCAUCUACGCUGGUGAGAACUUCCGCAAGGCUCACGAUAUGUAAACACUUUUUCGCACUGCAAAAGCCCAAACACUCGCGCAUGUCAUAUGUUGGUCCUUGUUGGCGUCAUCUUUGAAUGAGCAAUGACAACUGUAGAUAAAGAAACAUUAAAUGUAUGAAACAACUUCUUUCAGACUGUGGUGUAUGGGUAGAGGAUUAUUCAGCAUGGCGUACUUUGGUUGGGCGAACUCGAGUCACUGCAAAUGAACUACGCCUUUAAAGCCUGCGGGCCGUUACCUUAGGUGAAAGAGAGAGAGGCAGUAUGUUGUUUAUCGGAGAUGUCUAGGACAUCUUGCCAUCUUUUGUUAUAG